AUGGUUACAGCCUAUUUGCUCCUUACGUGCAGAUUAUCAGCGGGAACUACUGGUGAUAAGAGUGACAAAAACUCUGAACUUCAAGUCGGAGAUCUUCUGAUUCAAGUGGCAAUCAUCUCUGCCAAGCUGCUACUGGUGCCCUUUGGUGUUCCAUUCAACCACUCCUAUCACAACGAUAUCUAUGUCCACGAAUAUAUCAACUCAUACGGGUUAGACAAACCGCCUGCAAUUUUUGGCCUUAAAAACGGCUAUACUCUACUAAGCGAUAAGGACGAUGAUGGAAAGUGGAUUGUGCAAUGCGCAAAAUGUUGUAUGCAUUUGACCAAUGUCGAUCCCCUCACAUUGGAUGCUCAAUUUGGGCUUACUGCAGAGAGCUCCGUCUCCAAAACCAAAACGAAGCACCUGAAACGCAAGGGCAAGGAGAUUAAGAGUAUCCCGCUGAGCCCACUUACGAUUCCUGGUAUUAUUACUCUUGGCCCUCAGGUGUCCGUUGGUGUAGCACUCAGUGUGGAGGCUGCAGGGAAGAUUGAGCUGCUUGUGGGAGGAACAAUCUCCCUUUCAAAAGGAUACGCUGGAGCCAGCAUCACACAGGGCAAGAAUGGUGUUGAAGGACUCAAACCAUCGUUUGAGCCUAUAUUUCGCGCGGCAGGCGAGUUCACACUAACUGGUGAUCUUGGAGUCCCCAUGGCCCUCGAAGUUGGGCUCGAUGUUCUUGAAGGGAAGUUCAAGAAGACAGUUGGACUUGUGAACACCUCGUCAGUUUACGUCAAGGCCGCCGCUUUGUUUGAUACGAAGGGCAAAAGCAGAACCAAAUCACGUCCAAAUGGUGUUUCGUUGAGCGUUGGCACGAGGAACCGCGUCCAUGUUGCUGGCUUUGACAUUUGGGAAGAGCAGCUUCUUUCAAUCCCGCUUAUUGAAAAGUCUCUCGGCUGUGUCACGUAA